UAGCGAUCGAAUUGAUUGAUAAUUGCCAGUUAGACGGCUCCUCGUCGCGUUCCAAUGCCCGCCCUCACCGUAUCUCUAUUUUCCCCAUUUCGUGUUGGUUUUUAUUCUCCCCUCAUGUCGGGCGGUAGAUAAUCCACCCGUUGCGCCGAGCCCGUUGCAAUGACGCUAUCAUCAACCGAAGACGAAAAGUCUUCGAGCCGCCCCAGUCGAGAUAGAGCCGACGCUACACCGGGCGUAUCUGAACCACCACCACAGUCCGAGGAAUGCUCAGAAUCCCUGGAGGCUGCAUCCCAGAAAUUACCGUCCCGACUUUCGAAAACAUGGACGACCGUAACGCGUUCCAGAGUCUAUCGGAUCCUUUCGUGGACGCCGCCUCGAUGCCGGUGGAACCCAGAUGAUCCGCCGAAAUUCUCCAUGGCACUCAACUGCCUGUUCGCGUUCGCUGGCGCGUUCACGGUCGCGAAUCUGUACUACUCUCAUCCCAUCCUGAACAUCUUGGCCCAUGAUUUCAACGUGACGUACGAGCAGGUCUCCCAGGUGCCGACGCUCGCCCAGGCCGGGUACGCCGUUGGGCUGGGCCUGCUCUGCCCGCUCGGUGAUGUGUGCAAAAGGAGACCGUUCACGCUUUUGCUUGUGCUGUUUACCGCCACCGUCUGGAUUGGACUGUGCCUGACCAAAAGCCUCGCCGUCUUCUCGGCUCUCACAUUCAUCACUGCCGUCACGACAGUGACGCCGCAGAUCAUGCUUCCUCUUGUUGGUGAUCUUGCCCCUCUACACCGACGGGCCGCCGCAUUGUCCGUCGUGGUAGCCGGCCUGACGCUGGGAAUCCUCGUGGCCCGCGUUCUCUCGGGCGUAGUUGUCAACUACACCUCCUGGCGCAACAUUUACUGGCUGUCGUGCGGCCUCCAGUACCUCAUCUUUGGCCUGCUGUGGCUCUUCAUGCCCGAUUAUCCGUCAACGAAUCCGGACGGCUUCCACUACCUCAAGUUCAUGUGGUCCAUCGUCAAGAUUUUCGUCAGAGAGCCGCUGCUCAUUCAAGCCUGCCUUAUCUCGUACUUGGUUUCGGCCACCUUCACCAACUUCUGGACCACCUUGACAUUUUUGCUCGCGGGCGAGCCGUACAACUACAAACCGCUGCCAAUCGGCCUCUUUGGCCUGAUUGGCAUCGCGGGCAUCGCGUUCGCCCCGAUAUACGGCCGUUUGGUCACGGACAGAUUCCACCCCUGGCUCUCCGUUCUCGUCGGCCUACUUAUGGUCCUUGUGUCCGUCACCGUGGGGACGUACACCGGCACCUUUACCGUCGCCGGUCCAAUUGUCCAGGCGCUCAUGCACGACGCGGGCAUGCAGACGUGCCAGGUCGCAAAUCGAAGCCAGAUCUACAGCAUCGCGCCGCGCGCCCGCAACAGAAUCAACACGGCCUUCAUGCUGUUCACCUUCUUCGGCCAGAUCACGGGAACCUCGGCUGGCAACACGGUGUACGCCAAAGGCGGUUGGAUUCACUCUGGAAGUAUGAGUGUGGGACUAUGCGGAGGUGCGAUCUUGCUUCUCUGUCUGAGAGGUCCGUGGGAAAAGGGCUGGAUAGGGUGGCAUGGUGGUGCGAGUCUCAAGAGGGAGAAGAGGGACGCGACGAGGGAGGACAUUGAAGCGAGUGGGAGAGUGAAAAGAUCGACCGUGCAGGUUGUCGAUGAAGGUAAUCACGUUCCAGUUGAUGAAGAAAAAGCAUUGAAUGAAUUGGUUGCUGGAGAAUGUGAGUCCGGCAAAGCAGAGUUGGAGAAACAAGGACGAUAGCGGAAGAUGAGUUGAUACGAUAGCUAAAACAUGCGAAUUAGAAGGCAUUUUUCGUUUUCAUGC